GCUUGCUUCAUUUCUGCCCGGCGGGAACAGUAAAGAUUGCGCUGCUUCGUCUGCCCAUGUUCACCAACUCUCAACCACUACAGCCACCCUUCGUUCCAUGAGGCCUUUACUGGUACUCAGACUAGUCCCUCACCACAAUGCUCUCCCACCUCCGACCUAACCCCCCUGCCCUCUUCCGGGCCUCCUCCGCCGCCACCGCUCACCUCCUGCGUCCAGCGCUUCCCCGCACGACCGCCCUCGCGCGAUACUAUGCGACCUCAGGCCCCGGACCCAACCCGACCCCCAAACGAAGGAACGUAACCGUCCUGUCCGACGAUGGCCGGUACGAGUGGGGGGAGCUGAGCGGCCGGGAGAAGGUCGCGCGGGCGACACAGCAGUCGGUGAAUUUCCUCGUGGUCGUCGCUGGUGCCGUGUUGACGGGUGGAGUGUUCUACCUCCUCUAUACCGAGGUCUUCUCCCCCAACAGCAAGACCUGGCAGUUCGAAAAGGCAGUCGAGCGCAUCAAGGAUGACCCGCGCUGUACGGAGCUCCUGGGUGAUCGCAGGGAAAUCAAAGCGUACGGGGAUAGCACCUGGAGCCGAUGGGCGCGGAACCGACCGAUUGCGACGUCCGUUUUCCAGGAUCGCAUGGGCCGCGAACAUCUGAAGAUGAAUUUCCAUGUUGAGGGCCCUCUCAACACCGGUAUCGUGUUCGUGCAUAUGAUGAAGCCCCUGGAUCAGUAUGAGUGGGAGUACCAGCUGCUUGCUCUAGAAGUCAAAGGCCACUCCCGAGUCGUUCUAGAGCAGGCACGCGAAAAGCCUGGAGUCGGAAAGGCGCUCAAGAUCUUUGGCAUUCAAUGGCGAUGAGUUGCUGCAUGCUUAUUGCUAUUAGGGAGUGUGGAUGGUAUGGUCCAUCUGCAACUCUAUCUGUGAGCCUGGACAUGGUGAAGAUUUACAAGGGACAUCUACAGCCUCUCGCCGUUUUUUAGUACUAUCACGAUUGUAAAACAGACCUAUAU